AAAAUUAAAAUUCGGGGGAAUUAUCGAACAUCUCGCUCGUUGGUGAGUCGCCGUCUGCCCACAUACCCACCAUCCCCACCAACGGCCGGCCGCGGCGGCGGAGCGGAGCGGAGCGAGCAGCCAUGGCGUCGAAGCAGAUGGAGGAGAUCCAGCGGAAGCUGUCCCUGCUGGAGUACCCGCGGGCGAACGCCCCCGCGCAAUCCCUCCUCUUCGCCGGCGUCGAGCGCUACCGGCUCCUCGAGUGGCUCUUCUUCCGGCUCCUAGGCGACAGAUCGCCCUUCACGCAGCAGAACUGGCAGGGGGAUAGCCUGGACCGCGACGAGGAGAACAACAGGAUCCAACACCUGGCGGAGAUAGCUAACUUCCUGGGCAUCACACCUUCGGUGGACACCGAGGCGAUUCAGGGUCGAGGUAGCUAUGAGGAGCGGGUGGAACUUCUCCAUCUUAUUGUCGACCUAGUGGAAGCUAGUUGCUACGCUGACAAUCCAGAGUGGAGUGUUGAUAAGCAAUUGGAGAAGGAUGUGCAACUCGUAGAUUCAAUUGCUGAGAAACAAGCCCAAAUUUUUUCGGAGGAGUGCAAACUUUUCCCUGCAGAUGUUCAAAUACAAUCAAUUUACCCCUUGCCUGAUAUUGCUGAAUUAGAGUUAAAGCUCUCGGAGUAUACCAAAAAGAUGUCCAAUCUGCAGCAAAUGGUUCAGGAAUUAGCAUCGAAGUAUGAUUAUAAUCCAAAUGAAGACUAUGCUGAGACAGAAUUGAAGUUGAGGGAACACUUGAAAUCAUUUUUGGAAACGGUUAAAUCCUUCAACACAAUAUAUACUAAGGAAAUCCAUCCAUGGACCCACAUGAUGGAAGUGCCACAAUUGCAUGGCUUCGGUCCAGCUGCUAACCGCCUCCUGGAGGCAUACAAUACCCUUUUAAAGUUCCUGGGAAACCUGAGGAGCCUCCGAGAUUCAUACACUGCAAUGGCUGCUGGUUCACUGUCGGCUUCUAAUGAGCCUUCAUCUGUGACCAAGAUUAUUUCAGACUGUGAAUCUGCGUUAACCUUCUUGAAUCACAGUCUUUCCAUCCUUUCAACUUCCGUGGCACGUGAGCAGGGGGAAACACUAUGAUUUUACGGUAUUUGCAUACCAAGAUAUAGUCUCGGGGAACUUAUGUAUGUAAGCUUGUAGUGAUUCAGUUGUUUGCUUUCUUUUUAAAAAAAUCAGUUGUUUGCAUUUUAGUUUCAGCUGAUGCAUGUACUCUCUUCAUUCCAAAUUAUAAAUCGUUUUACCUUUUCUAGAUAUAUUUGUUUAACUAUACAUCUAUAGGCUAUGUCUAGAUACACAACAAAAGUUAUUUAUCUAGAGAAAACAAAAAUGACUUAUAGUUUGAAAUGGAGGGAGUAGUAAAGCUUUGACCUCUUGCCGAGUCUAGUUUGUAACAGUUACUAAACAUCAUCCUUGAUAAGUUGUAUCUUGAGUUCUUUU